AUAUCUUUACCAUAAUUUUGUUAACAAAUUACAAGUUUCAUACAUUUAUUUUGAUUUGUAGAAAAUAUUUCAUAUCUUACAGGGCACUUAAAGAUGGCAUCUUGUACUCCUGCAAGAAAAAAGCAAGCAAGAUUUUCUGUGGCUGAUGAUAUUAAACUGCUAAGGGAGGUCACAUUAGACAAUCCAUUCCGAAAUAAAGGGAAGUGGAUAGAGAUAGGCGAAAAACUCUCGACAACAACCUUCCUAAUAGAUGGGAGACGGGCUAGAGAGAGGACCAACUUGUUAAUUACCCAAUUCAAAAAAGAUAAUAGGGAAAACUUGAAAAAAUCAGGUAUAAAUGAGGAAUAUAGCGAAAGAGAAAGUUUACUGGAGGAGGUGAUAGGGUUGAUGGAGGAAGAAGAGAGGAAAAAGGAUGCAGAUAAAGAAAAAACAGCUUCCCUAGAAAAGGCUUCCCUUGACAUUAGAAAAAGGGCAUUAGAAACCCUGACACCCACAAAAGAUUGUGAUGCAGAAGAAGCUAUUAGACCAAAGAAAUCAAAAUCAUCCAACAACAUUCUUUCUUAUCUGCAAGAAAAGAAGGAAGUAGAGAUGGAAAUAAGGAAAGAGGAGAUGGAAAUGAAGAAACAACAACUACAGUUUGAGAGGGAGAAAUUUGAGUUGGAGAAAAACGAGAGGAGACAGAGAAUGGAUAUUGAAAGACAGGAAAAGAUGAUGAUUUUUGAAAUGUUUAGAAAGCGGACAAGAACUGAAUUAGCUGAUAUUUUUGUGAAUAGGAAAAAUAAAUUUUUCUGA